AUGUCCACAAAGACUCAAAUCAGUUUACUCUUCCAGCCUCAUGGCUUUCGGGAAGGCUUCCGGGCCGAUGGACGGCGGGUCCAUGAGCCGAGGGGCAUCCAAUGCUGCGUUGGCGGUGGCCGCGGUGAAGCAGAUGGCUACGCCGUUUUCGAGCUCGGCAGCACAAAGGCAGUUGCCUAUGUCUAUGGGCCCAUGGAGGCACGCCAGCGUUCGGCUACCUUCCACGACCGUGCCUUGCUGACCUGUGUGCUGUCCACUGCAGCCUUAUCUGGGCCCGCGAGGGGCUUCGGUCGCCGGGGUGACCGCCAGUCUCAGGAGCGGUCCAUGUGGAUGCAGCAGGCCUUUGAAAGCGCCAUUCUCCUCGAGCAGUAUCCUCGCUCGCAGAUUCGUCUGUAUGUGCAGAUCUUGCAGGCAGAAGGCAGCUCCAUGGCCGCAGCGAUUAACGCGGCCCUUUGGACGGAAGCUGCAGAUGCUCGUGAUGCCCUCCUCCAGUGUUUGCUUACCGUUGGCAGGGCUGUACCUUGCCUUCUGCACUAG